AUGGAGGUCGACCGCACCCGCACCCGGCGGGAGAGGACAUUUAUCGGCAGCGAAUGCGCCGUCUGCGAGGAACCCUUGGAACAUACGCUACGAGGCGAGCGCAUCCUGCAACUAGCCUGCUCACAUGUCUCCCACGAGGCGUGCUUCUACGAAUUUCUCAGAGAAUGCGACGGACAAUACUGCCCCACCUGCGAUGCGCCGUUGGCCUUGGACACGAGUCGCGGGGGCAAUGUUUUGGAUAUAGGUAGGAUGUUCCCACCCAGUUUCAGAAUCGACCAGGGACUGACGAGAUCGGCAGAAAAAAUCAGUAAUAUCGUGCGGUCUGUGACGGGGAGUGACAGCGCGACCAUGCGGAGUGGCCUGACCACGCCAACGCCGUGGGAGCAACAGUCCACCCGACGAGCACCGAGCGACGCGGGCAGUCGCUACACGGCCCCGCGAGAACCAUCCUAUAACCCAUCGGCAAGAGAGCCAUCCUAUAACCCAUCGGCCAGAGAGCCAUCGUACAAUCCCUCCAGAGAUCCGUCGUACACCCGACGCGACAGCCGCGACACUGGCCGCGACACCGGCCGCGAAACCAGCAGCCAGCGCGAUCGCGUGGAACGAUUGACCGUCGCCUCGAAUCCUCGUCAACCACACUCGCGCAAUGGCAGUGCGGCCGGCUCCUCCGGCGAAUACACGGAUGGCCAGCACACCAGCAGUGGGCGACGCCAUGACUAUGAUGUGCAGGCAAUGGAAUCCGAAGUCAGUGCACGCCCCGGAGUCGCCAAGAACCCGAUCCCCCCGCCGAUUGUGACCGUCCGUAGCGAGUUCCCAACCAUGAACCGAUCCCGGCAACAACAGACCCUCACGUGCUUAAUCACGGUGGAGGUGCCAGAGGCGAAUUGGCGUCCUGAUGUAGAAGAUCUGCGGCAUACGCCAUCCGGCCAGUCACAGCCGGAUGAGCCAUAUCAGGGACGGUACGGGGGACAAGAUGCUCGCUCGAUCCAGCAUGAACCGAUGGAGAACUUGGAUGAGGUUGCGGAAGAAUUGCGCACGCGCGUGGACAAUUGGCAUGGGCUAGAGUUCCCUCGAUUUGGCAAGUUGCGCCUCCAUGGACAUAUGCGCGUGGGCAAGGACCGGGAUUCCUGGCAGGAGUUGGAGUGCUACUUAUUUGGGGAGAUGCUUAUCUGUGUGAAGGAGAAGAAAUCAUCCGAUCCAAAUCAGUUUGACGACAGUGGACGACGCAAGCCUGUCCGCUGUACCCUCAAGGGGUCGAUUCUGAUCAAGAAGCAUCUCAAGUCAAUUGAGGCUUCCUCCGAUGAGCCCGUUCUCGCUUUGAACCUUUCCGUCAGCGAAUUACCCUGUUUCUACCUGCGUUUCCAGAGUCGCAACCAAUUGGAGAUGUGGCGCCGUUCUUUGAUCGACUUGCACCCCGUUGAAAACAUCUCGCGCCAGAAUGACUAUGACUAUGACAACUCUGGGGAGGAGGAAGACUACCGUACCAACCGCAUCCAGCGACAAGCUUCUAUCAACUCAUCCUACGGUGCAUCCAAGUCCAACAAUACCGCCAUCACGGAUUACAGUAACUCGGAAAGUCCUCCUAUCAACACUGUUCACAUUCCUCUUGAUAUUGUUGUGGUCAUUCCCGUGUCUUCGUCCAUGCAAGGCUUGAAGAUCACACUCUUGCGCGAUGCUCUUAAGUUCCUCGUUCAGAACCUCGGACCCCGGGACCGUAUGGGACUUGUGACAUUUGGCUCAAGCGGCGGUGGUGUGCCUCUAGUGGGCAUGACUACCAAGUCGUGGUCUGGAUGGCCCAAGAUCCUCGAAUCGAUCCGGCCAGUUGGCCAAAAGAGUCUGCGCGCAGAUGUCGUCGAAGGUGCCAAUGUGGCCAUGGAUCUUCUGAUGCAGCGCAAGUUCAAUAACCCCGUCUCUACCAUUCUCCUUAUCAGCGACUCCUCCAUUUCAGACCCCGAAAGUGUCGACUUUGUCGUAUCUCGUGCAGAGGCCGCCAAGGUCAACAUUCACUCCUUCGGCCUCGGUCUAACGCACAAGCCGGACACGAUGAUCGAGCUUUCCACCCGCACCAAAGGCUCUUACCUGUAUGUGAAGGACUGGAUGAUGCUUCGAGAAUGCACCGCCGGAUGUCUAGGCGCCUUGCAAACAACUUCCCAUCAAAACGUCAAGCUGAAGCUCCGCCUACCAGAAGGGUCCCCCGCCAAGUUUGUCAAGAUCAGCGGUGCUCUCCACACCACGAAACGUGCGACUGGCAAAGAUGCCGAGGCAGCACUUGGGGACCUCCGAUUCGGCGACAAGCGUGAUGUCCUGGUCCAGCUCGUCAUUCAACCCGACAACGCCACCCAGGAUAGCAUGCCCCAGGAUCCGUGGGAAAGCUUAGUCUCCGGGCUGGAAGCCCUCGGCGGCGGUCCAGACGGCGAUGAGCAGCGCGUGGCCAGCGUGGAAGAGGUCCCUCUCAUCCAAGCUGAUCUCACCUACGGCGAUCUCCUCCGUGACGGCCACCUCACUCACUCCCCUCGUCCCUCGCUCCUCGCAAUCACCAUGCUCCCUCAGAACCCGCGAGCCAAGGGCGGGCGCCCUUCCACCCCGCCCAUUCCACCCCAUCCCUCGAUUGUGCAGCGCCGCAUGGAACUCCUUACCUCCGAUAUGCUGACUCGUGCCCUAACGCUGGUCUCCCGAGGCCAGCACGACCGUGCCAUGCAUCUGCUCAACGAAACCCGCAGUAUUCUCAAAGGUCUAGGCAAGGGUGGCCUACCACCGCUGCCGCCAGGAGCUUCUCGUCCUUCCGGCAGUGACGCCGGCAGCCGCGGCGAUACCCCGAUCUCAUCCUCCCCCAAGUCAUCGACUUUUGGCGAGACUCAUUCCUUGGCAUCCGAGACAAAUACAGUCACUCCCACCUCAUCUGUCGACAGCCAUACCAUGACUGCCCUCAACGCAGACCUUGAAUCUUCCCUUGAGUGGAUCAACCACCCGGCUGUAUUUGGUCGUGAUUCCCGCAAGGCCGUGCUGCAGAGUAUCGGCGUCAUUUCCUCACAGCGUGCUUACACCUUCCGCACACCUUCCGAAGCACACUGGGCCCAGCGAGUCUCGGGUGUCCGUCGGUUGACCGAGCGGUCCCAAGACUGGCGUGAGACCGGCGAUGACGCUCUCACUGAGGAGUGA